AUGGCGCCAACAACACGCCCCAUAUACGAUGAAGAUCCUGAUGCUUUAUACCGUAGUGCACCUCCACGUGUACCGAAAGUUCGUGCAAUUUCAUCGACCGAUCGUCUUUUGAAACCCACCAAAGCGUCACUUGCAGCGUCUAGAAAGAAAGUUCUAACUGGAAAAGACAAAGAGUUGGCGGAGGCACGUGAACAAGCGCGUAAACGACGUCGAUUGAAUCGAGUUGCCAAGGAAAAUGGGCGUCUGACGAUCCCCCAAUCACCCAAAUUUCGUCCAAUGAAGAAGACGACACCCCGGUCUCGAGCUGACAUGCUGACCAGGACGUCUCGAGAACUGCUGGAGAUUGCGGCCAUUCGUAAACGAGUCCAGGCUCAGAAACGGAAAACUCAAAAGUAUCACGAUGCAACGACCUAUGGAGCAGCUCCUGGCAAAAGUGCACAGUUUUCCAGAGCUUUGACAGCCAGUGGAGGUGUCGGUGUCCCGGCAGUUCGACGUUCAAAGCUUACGAUGCCUGUGGGUUUUAAGUUUGAAGUUGAUAAACGUGCAGCAACGGCAGAGACACGAAGAAGUUUAAAGAGAAAAAGUGUGAUUGCGGUACCAUUGCAGGAAGUUAAGACGACGGAAGAGGUUGUGUUGGACAAGAAAGAGCCACCGCUUAAGAAGCAGCGAAAGUCAAUGGCGACGUGA